UUGUCAGCUGAAGUUAUGAGGUCAUUGAACAUACCUCGGGGAGUGAAACGUGUUCUUUUGCGAACAUUAAACACAGACAGGAGGCUCAUGUACAAGAAAGAAUUUGAUUCCUCCUAUGCUGCAUUAACCUCAGAUGGAGCAGAGUAUUUGGUCCAGAAUACUGACAUCAAACUCGUCGGUGUUGAUUACUUAUCUGUUGCCAUUAAUCCGAAGGAUGAGCUCGUUAAAGUUCAUCAAUUACUUCUGGAUCCUAAAGAUAUUAUUCCAGUGGAAGGCCUCAAGCUCGAUGAUGCAGUCCCGGGAGUUUACACAAGUCACUGUCUACCCUUUAGGCUGGUUCAUGGAGAUGGUUCACCUACCAGGUGCAUCCUCUUCCAGUGA